GCGGGGCGCUUGGGGCUCCCUCGGUACCAGCGCUGCGGCAUCCCCGCGGCGCUCCAGCACCCGGCCCGCCCACCGCGCCGCUCCAGCUCCCGCAGCCCCGCGGCGGCCUCCGGCGAGGCCUGGCAGGUCCCGUCCGGAGCACAGCUCUGUCCAGUCGGGCGGAGGCAGCGGCGCUGGGCGCAGCGUGGAGAUGGGGCGGCCCUGGGGCACCCUGCUGUGCCUGCUGCUGGCGGCGAUCCCCACAGCCCCCGUGCCGGCUCCGACUCCGACUUCGGCUCCGGUCGAGCCUGGCCCGGCUCUAAGCUACCCGCAGGAGGAGGCCACCCUCAACGAGAUGUUCCGCGAGGUGGAGGAACUGAUGGAGGACACGCAGCACAAACUACGCAGCGCGGUGGAGGAGAUGGAGGCAGAAGAAGCUGCUGCUAAAACGUCGUCAGAAGUGAACCUGGCAAACUUACCUCCCAGCUACCACAAUGAGACCAACACGGAAACCAAGGUUGGCAAUACCACCAUCCAUGUGCACCGAGAAAUUCACAAGAUCACCAACAACCAGACUGUACAAACCAUCUUCUCAGAGACAGUGAUCACGUCUGUGGGAGAGGAAGGCGGCAGAAGGAACCACGAGUGCAUCAUCGACGAGGACUGCGGGUCCCGCAAGUACUGCCAGUUUGCCAGCUUCCAGUACACCUGCCAGCCGUGCCGGGACCACCAGACAGUCUGCACCCGGGACAGCGAGUGCUGUGGAGACCAGCUGUGUGUCUGGGGUCACUGCACCGAGACAGCCACCAAAGGCAGCAACGGGACCAUCUGCGACAACCAGAGGGACUGCCAGCCCGGGCUGUGCUGUGCCUUCCAGAGAGGCCUGCUGUUCCCCGUGUGCACACCCCUGCCCGUGGAGGGUGAGCUCUGCCAUGACCCUGCCAGCCGGCUCCUGGACCUCAUCACCUGGGAGCUGGAGCCCGACGGAGCUUUGGACCGCUGCCCGUGCGCCAGUGGCCUCCUCUGCCAGCCUCACAGCCACAGCCUGGUCUACGUGUGCAAGCCGACCUUCGUGGGGGACCACGGGGAGGACGGAAAGAGCCUGGUGCCCAGAGAGGCCCCCGGCGAUUACGGAGACGGCAGCUUCAUUGAGGAGGUGCGCCGGGAGCUGGAGGACCUGGAGAGGAGCCUGUCGGUGGAAAUGGCUCUCGGGGAGCCCGAUGCCGCCGCUGAGCUGCUGGAGGGAGAUGAGAUUUAGAGCCAGGCCUGUCCUGCGGGUAGACGUGCAAUAGACGUAGCUAAUUUAUUUCCCCAGCUGUGUCCUCUAGGUGUUGGCUCACCAGGCUUUUUUCCAUGGCCUCUUCCCAGAACAUUACCCCUCCGGCUUGAAACAAGAUGAGGUGCCGCACACUUGUCCAGCUCCCCACGAUGCACCCCACGCAUCUCAGUUCUGCUGUCUGGGGGAGCACCGGGUGCGGGUGAAGGCGGGACAGGGCUGCUAAACAGGUCCAGUUGGUGGCCGCUUUGCUGCUGCUGGUUGGCAGAUGGCACAUGCCAUUUUGUUCUCUGCACCCCCCGCCCCCAAGGAGGGGAUAGAAAAGGAUGCAGAAUUUCCUCAUGACGAGCUUUGGGGAAAUGUUGAUGCUUAUACACAUGGAGAAGAGUGCCCUGUUUAGCAAACAUAAACCUGGCAAAAAAUCACCAAAUGAAACUCAUGCAGUUCUUCACACGGGCACCGGUACGCUGUGCCUUCGGGGGAAACGUUCUGUGGUCCUCCGAGCAACAUGCAUUCAGCUUUUUAGCAGCCACUCAGCUCCUACCUCCGUGCCAGGUCAGCAGUUUCACCUCCACAAUCCAGUCCUGCUGUCACCACAGCCUGGCGAAGGGGGCGUCGUUCUCCCCAACCGUCAGCACCUGAGGGGCUCAGAGAUGUCAAGCUGCCUGCCCACGGCACACAGCUUGUGGAAAGCAUAGCAGGAUUUCACCCAGUGUGACCCCAAGCCCAGUGCUCCCCCACUGCUCCCCACCAGCCCCGGUGCCACCAAAAGUACCCCCGGCAAAGACGAAAAAUGAAAUUUUUCUUUUUUCUGAGGCAGAUCUGGAAGGGAGGUCAAACUAGCUCCUACGUCUCUCCCAGACAGGAGGUAUUGCCACUGUCCCCUGCGGCAGUUAGCUACAUUAGUCACUCUGAAGGUACAUGAUCGGAGCAUAAUAUUUAAGUUAACUUGCCAGAAACAAUACUUGGGUAAUUGUGGGGCCAGGAUUAUAAAUGAAAUUUGCAAAAUCACUUACCAGCAACUGCAAGCCAUUAGCAACCACAUGGAGAACAUCAAACCAAGCACGGCUCUGUGAAACAUGGCUGCAAUGCCCAGACUGAGCGCCGAACUGUGUGCUGUGCCACAGACGAUCUUUUCAGGUGCCAUGGACUGUUUCCAUCAUGUAUUCAUCCAGAGUUAUUAAAUUUUAAAGUUGCACCUGAUUGUAUAAGCAUGCUUUCUUUGAGUUUUAAGUGAUGUAUUCACACAUAUAUUGCAUUUAGACAUCAAGCAUAAAUCACUUAAACUCUU